AUGGCGUCCUGGUUCAGUAAAGAAACUACACGCCCAGCUUUCAACAGUAAAUCAACUCCAUUGAUCAGCUUUGGCAGGCCAUUCCCAGAAAUAUGCCUCAAGCAAGUACAGGAACGUUUCAAAAGCUCGCGAGUGUACAUCGUUGCGUCCCGCUCUCUAUCCAACAAUACUUCAUCUCUUGAAGACCUCAAGUCAGCUCUCGGAGAUUUUGUUGUAGGUGUGCGUAUCGGCAUUUCACCACAUACCCCAAUCCCAGAAAUCGUCGACAUCCUCGCCGAGAUCAAGACUUUGAACAUCGACUGUAUCGUGACUCUUGGAGCUGGAAGUAUCACUGAUGGGGCAAAGCUUAUACGUUUUGCAAUGGCUAAUGACGCCUGGACACGUGAGGACAUUGACACCCUCUGGGGCGGCAAGUCACAUAAUCCAAAGAUGCGCAAGACGUUGCACAAGCCGACAAUCCCCUUAAUUUGUAUACCGACUUCACUGUCUGGUGGCGAGUAUCAGGCUAUCGCUGGUGCCACCGACGAGGAAAGCAAGGCCAAGCUCACGUUCGAGCCCAAAGUCGACCCGGACUUUGUCAUUCAGGAUCCCCAAUUAACUACUACAACCCCACAGAAGAUCUGGCUCAGUACUGGCAUUAGAGCUGUGGACCAUUGUGUUGAGACUUUGUGUUCAUUGCAAAGCAACAAAGAUGGUGACGAAGCAGCGGCACAUGGGCUGGAACAGUUGAUACCCGGGCUGCUGCGAUGCAAACAUGACCCGCAGGAUCUGGAUGCUCGCCAUCUUUGUCAGACAGGUGUUGUAGAAGCCAUGCACGCAGUAUCCACUGGCGUACCCCUGGGUGCGAGCCAUGCUAUCGGUCAUCAGCUUGGUCCUUUAGGUGUCGGGCAUGGCGAGACGAGUUGCAUCAUGCUUCCAGCAGUGUGCAAUUUCAACGCCGACAAGGGAGUCAACAAAGACCAGCAGAAGCGUACGCUGGAUAUCCUUUUGAAGCAGGAACCCGUAAAGUCACUCAUGAAUGGACUGAAAAUGGUAGAUAAAGAAUAUGAUUUGGCCGACAUUCUCGGCUUGAUCAUUAGGGAGUUGGGCAUGCCGAGGUCGUUGAAGGAUGUCGGAAUAACGUCUGAUCAUCUCCCCGGUCUUGCUGCGAAUAGCUUGAACGACAUCUGGAUCAAGACCAAUGCUUAUAAGAUCACGAAGACGGAGGAGGUUAUGGAAAUUCUGGAGGCUGUUACCGGCGAUUAG